GCCUGCUUCUCCGAUCCGAUGGCAUCGGUUUUCAGCAACGAUCCUCCUGUGACACCUGGAGCCAGCACUUCGAGCAGCCUGUGCCCUUGGUCAGCAUCCUCGCUUAUCUCCACUGGACUGGCGAGCGCCUUGCGCUGGCGGCGGAGCACGCGUCGGACGUGCCGAAGCUCGAGAAGAUGCGCCAGACGAUCACUGAAGAGUGGUUUGGUGACUUGACGAUGCGGAACAUUCCCUGCAUCCCUCUGGAAAAAGAUCUCCUCCGCGGGCUGGAAAAGUUGAUGAAGCAGAAAACCGCAAAUUCAAGCUUGCCUUGCCACUUGGCCGUGACCCUGCGCCCAGGAGAACUGGCCUUCCUCUCCCGGAACCCUGGGGUGCUCCCGGGCUUCGCCAACCUCACGCAUCCCCGGAUCUUCACCGGCGCCGAGUUGGAGAAGUACUUGGACCAGGAGGAUUAUGGCUCUCCCAGCGCCCCGCGCCUCUUCGGGGCUCUGCUCUUCAAUUCGGUCGGCGGGGAUGGCGGAAUGGGCGCCGCGGGCAAGUGGGACCCUGGGCUCAGAGAUGUUUUUUGUUGGAUCUUGCCGCGUCUAAUGAUCAUCGUCUUGUUCGUCACCAUUACCAUCACCAUCAUAAUCCCCACCGUGAAGAACAGCUGUGCUGAUGAGAAUGACGAAAGUGCUGAAAGAAAGAAGGUGAUGAUGGCGAUGCUUGCUGCAGCUGCUGCUGCUGCUGCUGCUGCUGCUGCUGCUGGUGAUGACGACAGCGGAGAUGAAAAGGAAGUUGAUGAUGAUGUUGUUGCUGUUGUUGUUGAUGAUGAUGAUGCCGACGGUGAUUAA